UCACAACCCUAACUAUCUCUCUCUCUGUCUAUCGCGCUAAUCUCCUAUCGAAACUCUAUUAUUCUGCUUCAAUGGCGUCAAACCCUAAGGUCUUCUUCGACAUGGAGGUCGGCAACCAGCCCCUUGGCCGGAUCGUGAUGGAGCUCUAUGCUGACACCACUCCUCGCACGGCCGAAAACUUCAGGGCCCUCUGCACCGGUGAGAAGGGCGCCGGCCGCUCCGGCAAGCCCCUCCACUACAAGAAAUCGUCCUUCCACCGUGUGAUCCCUGGGUUCAUGUGCCAGGGAGGUGACUUCACAGCCGGGAACGGCACAGGCGGCGAAUCCAUCUAUGGCGCCAAGUUCGCCGAUGAGAACUUCAUCAAGAAGCACACCGGCCCCGGAAUCCUCUCCAUGGCCAAUGCUGGCCCCGGCACCAACGGAUCUCAGUUCUUCAUCUGUACCGCCAAGACCGAGUGGCUCGACGGCAAGCACGUGGUGUUCGGUCAGGUCGUGGAGGGCCUGGACAUCGUGAGGGCCAUCGAGAAGGUGGGGUCCAGCUCCGGCAGGACCUCCAAGCCCGUGGUCAUCGCCGACUGUGGUCAACUCUCUUAGAUCCGAUUUAACUCUUCUCUAAUAAUACUAUUAGUCUACUAUGUUUUUCAUCUACUUGUGAUUGUCGUUUUAACUCUUUUUUGGUGUCGUUUGAGCUCUAUGUGGUUGUUGGUAUGGUCAUGGUGCUCUUUCUUUUUUAAGAGUCUUGUGGGAUUGGGUUUUCGUGGCCCGAUCCGGUGGUUCUGAGACUUUUUAUUGUGUGAUAAAAGGAACUACCACCAUUAAAUAAUAUGCUGCUCUUCGUUUUCCUUUUUAA